AUGGUCGUUCACAAUCCUAACAACUGGCACUGGGUAGACAAGAACUGUAUCGAUUGGGCCCGUAAUUACUUCGAGAACAGACUUGUGGGCAUUGAAAGCUCCGCUAACGAAACGAAACAAGUUGAAGUUACGUCUAUUUCGUCUAUGGAGGGAGACUGCGAGGUCAGUCAACGCAAGGGUAAGGUCAUUUCACUAUUCGACCUUAAAGUGGUAUUGAUGAUCAAGGGCCAUGUGGAGGAUGAAACUUUUGAGGGUAGUAUUACAGUUCCAGAGAUUGCUUUUGACUCUGAAGCAGACGACUACCAGUUCGAAAUAUCAAUUUACAAAGAAACUGGCAAAUUGAGUGAAGUCAGGCCUUUGAUUAGGGAAGAGAUCAUACCACAAUUGAAGGAGGUUUUCUGCAAAUUCGGACCAGAACUUCUGCAAACGCAUGCCAAUGAUAUUCAGGUUCCAGUAGACCAGGUCAAAUCCGAAUUCACCAAGGCUAACGCACAAUCGACACAUGCAAGCGCAUCUGCAUCCCCACCACCAACAGUGAAGAAAACCAGCAGCAAUGUGAAGAGCGAAGCCUCUUCAGGAUCUUCAAAGGGGCCUCUUUACAACACCACAACUUUGCAUUUGGAACCUACUUUCAACGUUCCUGCCACUGAGCUCUAUCAAACAUUCCUUGACAAACAGCGAGUGCAAGCAUGGUCCAGAUCACCCAUGGUUUGUAAAUCGUCCAAGAGCGUUCUAGAAAAAGGUGACGAGUUCACCUUCUUUGGAGGAAAUAUAACAAGCAAGCUGAUUGGGUGUGACGUAGGCAAGCGGUUGGUCUUUGAGUGGCGUCUCAAUGAUUGGCGCCAAGGCCACUGGAGCACCUUAGCCAUGGACUUCCACGAAUCUCAAGAAUAUCACGAAACAAAAUUACAGGUCACUUGGAGUGGCGUCCCGGUAGGCGAAGAAGAUAAGGCCAAGGGCAAUUUUUUGGAAUACUACGUUAGAAGCAUUAAGUUGACUUUCGGUUUCGGGGCUGUCUUAUAG